CACCAGAUCAGAGAAUAUACUUAGAAAUAACAGACUGAGAGCAUGAGAAUGACAUAUAGACGCAGUUUCCUUUUCGAUCUGAAAGCUGAACGGACAGGAGCACAUUUAAAUCUGUAGGUAAAAUGAGCUUUGACUGACAGCACAGAAUAUUUUGGCAAUAUUCCCAUUUAUUUUACAUAAUUGCCAAACAAAGUUACAAUGGUAGACGGCGGAUAUCUAAAACAGAUUCAGUGUCAACACAGAAGGCGUGGACGUGGCACGGACAGAGCAUUAUAUGGCUUAGUUCGUAAAGAAAACUGUGGAUUAAAUCGCAAAGUGAAAUAGUUACUGUGAAGAAACGGAGCUGACUGACGGUCAUGAGGAUGGCCUCUUGGGAAGAGAAUUUGGGUCAGCCCAAUCACUCUAUGCUGGAGAUGGAGGGGCCACCAGAUGUGUCCAGCUCCCUCUUCAAUCUCAGCAGCAGUUAUGGGGGCAUGGAGGCUUUCCUCUGGCUGUUUCCAUCAAAGAACAUCACAUGGACCACAACGUGGCCCACAAUCCAGCCAGUUGUCCCUCCACGGGUACGGGACCAAGCCUUGGCCCAGGCGGAGAUCGGGGUGCUGGGGUUGGUGCUUGCCCUCACUGCUCUGGGUAAUGGAUUCGUGCUGUGGGUGCUGCUGCGUAGGAAGAAACAUCACGCUCCCAUGCACCUCUUCAUGGUCAAUCUAUGUGUAGCUGACCUGGUAGUGGCCUUAUUUCAGGUGCUGCCACAGUUGGUGUGGGACAUCACAGAGCACUUCCAGGGGCCUGACGCUCUGUGUCGCUCCGUUAAGUAUUUGCAGAUCGUCGGGAUGUUUGCAUCCUCCUAUAUGAUCGUUGCCAUGACUGUGGAUCGGCACUAUGCCAUCUGCUGCCCCCUUCAAGCGUAUCGCGGAGGUGCACCCUCCCGCUGGAACACCCCCAUUAUGGUUGCGUGGGGCCUGGCCCUAGUGCUUAGUUUGCCACAGGUGUUUAUCUUCUCGCGGUCAGAGGUGUCCCCUGGGGUGUUCGAAUGCUGGGGCCACUUUGCUGAGCCGUGGGGUCUUAAAGCAUACGUCACCUGGAUGACUGUGGCUGUAUUCGUAUUGCCAGCCUUAAUCAUCACUGUCUGUCAGGUUCGCAUCUUCAGAGAAAUCCAUGACAACAUCUACCUGAAGUCUGAGCGGGUGGUGACGGCAGAAUUUAAGAGGAACUCUGUCAGCUUCCACUUUGCUCAGCGGGAGGUGGGCAGUGGACGAGGCAGAGAGAGAAACAGACAGAGCAGACACAGUCACCAUGCUGACAGCAGUCUCAGUCAAGCUCACUGCAGCCCCUCACAUCAUGCAGGAGAGGAAGCGUGCUCCUCAAGCCUAUAUGAUGACUAUUCUCAUACUGUAACCUGUAAGAGCUCUAUCUGUGAGCCCUGCUUUGGGCCCCGCCCCUCUUCAGACAGCUCCUCCCCCUCUAUCCAAACUCAUCUGCAAAACACCCCCAAUCAUCUCUCAGGCCCCUCCCAUUCUCAGUCAUUAUCAGCCAAUAGCGUGUGUGCACUGGCUGGACACCCAAAUAGCUCUGGAGCUUCUGAACUGUGGCCAGAUGCUUUUCCCCUUCCGACCGAUUAUUCGCACCCACCGCCUCUCCCAGGUGUGACUAAGGCCAUGUCUAAGACGGUGAGGAUGACUCUUGUCAUUGUGCUGGUCUACACCAUCUGCUGGUCUCCUUUCUUUAUUGUUCAGUUAUGGGCAGCCUGGGACCCCAACCCACCAAAACAAGGAGCUGCUUUCACUAUCCUGAUGCUUCUAGCCAGUCUAAACUCCUGCACUAACCCAUGGAUCUACACAGCCUUCUCCAACAGUGUGUCCCGUGAGCUGCUCGCACUGCUGCGCUGCCACACCGGAUCCCCACGCAGAGGUUCACUACCGGACGACUCAACCACAACUCACAUGUCAUCCAACACCAAGGACUCCACAUACUGACCUCUGGCCUGACUCGACUACACGGCAAACACACCACAGACGUGAUGGGCUAGACCCUGUCCCAAAUGCCACUCCUUGCCCACAUGUUGAUGACAUAAUAGCGCAUAAACUGGCUCGUAAACUGCUUUUUAGAAUUUGAAAUGACAAAUGGGAUGCCCUAUAUGGUCUUGUGAACUUCACAGACAAGUGCCAACUGCACAAGUGUGCAAAAAGUGUGCCAUUUGGUACAGGGCUAGGAAAUGUCCUGGCUACUUUAGAUUCAGGUACAUGGCGGUCACACAAUCUGAAAAGCAGAUCUGUCAUCUACACUGUUACAUCAGUUACAAAGACAAAAUCACAUUGCCAUGUCCAGUGCAUUUUACAGAUAGCUGUCCAUUCAGUUACAUGAAAGCAGACUGGAGUGAUGAAUGAAGAGGAAGAGGAGGCGGAUGGGUUAGGAAGCAAAGGAUCGGAUGUCCUCCAUUCUUCUCGAUCUCUCUUUAUGUCUCAUCCAAGUGUUUUCAUAGAUUAGGGUUGCAGGAUUAUAUCAGACUUUACAGUACAAAGUAAGAGUGCAAAAUGCGAUAGUGGGAAGAGAAAAAAGGCAUGUGAACAAUGCAUACAGAAUGGACAAAAGGUUAUCUAGCUGUACUCCGGACAGCUUCAGAAGACCAGCGGCAAGAUGCUGCAAAAGAGAGUGUCCGAAAUUUAGAGGAACAUAUCCACCACCAGCAAGAAUGUUACUAUGACAAUAUCAGCCUGAUUGUGGGAAUCAAACACAGUAGCAGCUUAGUAACACAGUGACUUUCUGAAUCAUAUUUAAACUAUAUAUCAAAUGUAAAGUGUUCAGAAGACACUGUGAGUUGAAUUGGUCUACAGUAUUAGCUAUUAAUAGAUUAGAAGUGCUGGCAGUGGAAGGUGUUACAUUGGGCAGAAAUCUAUAUUUGACCGCCGAUGGACACAAAAGCUGAGCAGAAUGAAAUUUCAUUUUCUGUGUUGGUAAUUUUAGUAGUUUAAUGUACCAAAGCAAAGAAAUAACACAUUGUUUAGAAGCUGUUGACUGUGUAUUGCAUUUCAGUACAAUCAUUACUAUGUACAUUUCCUCAGUCCUGGAAAAUCCUUGUAAAAAUCAUGGAGAAAAAAAAUAGCUUCUUUUUGUAUGCUUAAGGUGAGAAAUAAAUUUUUUUUUAACAGAAGAAAUGGUAAUGGCAAAUGAACAGGAAUAUACAGGUCAAUUUCCAAUCUAAAUAUUGUAGGUAGCAAAAUCUCUAUGUUGUGUAUACAGUAGUCAACAUUUGAAGUGGAUCAAAAAAGUUAAUCAAAGUUGUCCUAAGACAAGAACGCAUUUUGGUUUUAGGUUUUAGGACAACUUUGGUGAAAGGUUUUGAUCCAUUUCAAACGUUGACUAGUGUAUAUGUACACACUAAUCACACCGAUUUCAGUCUCACUCAUUAACUUGUCACUCUUUUAGCUCUACCUCUGGUAUUUGCUUGAUUUUUGUGUUACAAUUUUAUAUUAUUUUUUUCUCAUCUGGAAUCAGGGGACCAUUUACAUGCUUCAGAGUAACGUAUUU